AGGUGUUUACGGAGCUGCUUGUGGACUGCCAUGUAGGGCAAAACGACAGCGUGGAGAGCUAGCUACGUGAUAACAUUCUACUUAAACAAAUGUGACUGCCCUUGUUGAAUCCUUUGUCGAACCUCUCGCUCUGUUAUCAUCAACAUCAUGCCUUCCGCAACAUCUUCUUCCCUAGACAUUGUCGUGAUCGGAGCUGGGCUUGGUGGCUUGGCUGCCGCCAUCUCCUGUGCUCUCGGCGGCCACAACGUGACAGUACUGGAACAAGCAAGAGAACUGGCAGAGAUCGGUGCAGGGUUACAGAUUACACCAAACGCAUCGAGACUGUUCCAACAAUGGGGGAUUGACAAGGUUCUGGAGCCGUUGGCGGCCGAGCCGACCUUCCUGGCUGUGCACAGAUAUUCAGAUGGAAAAGUACUUGCCAUGCAGGAAGACUUCGACAAGAAAAUCAGAGCCAAAUACGGAGCGCCCUUCUGGGACUUGCACCGGGUGGACCUACAAAAAGCACUUGCACAAAGAGCAAAGGAUUUAGGCGUCAAGCUGAGGCUGAACUCCAAGGUCACCAGUGUUGACUUUGAGAAGUCGACAUUACACCUAGACGAUGGGAACACAUAUGACGCAGACCUAUUGGUAGGUGCAGAUGGUCUGUGGUCCAAGUGCCGAGCGCACUUCCUCAAGCAAUCUGGCAAGGAGGAUGCUCCGCUUCCGACCGGAGAUUUGGCGUACCGUAUUGUCCUCGACUUGGAAGAUCUGCAAGAUCCUGAGCUCCGGCAAUGGGUAUCGAAGCCAGCAUGCCACUUCUGGAUUGGUCCUGGAGCCCAUGUUGUUGCAUAUUCUGUUCGUGGUGGCAAGCAGUACAACAUUGUGCUUCUUGUACCGGACAACCUUCCAGCAGAUGUGUCGAGAUCAUCCGGAGACAUUAGUGAGAUGAGAGAUAUCUUCACGAAAUGGGAUCCGAUCCUGAAUAGAUUCCUCGAUAAUGUCAAGACGGUCGACAAGUGGAAGCUGAUGCAUCGACCAGAGUUGGACAGUUGGGUUAGCAAGAAGAGUAAUUUCGUUUUCCUUGGUGAUUCAUGUCACCCCAUGCUACCCUACCUCGCCCAGGGUGCAAAUUCGUCGUUAGAGGAUGGUGCGGUACUUGGAAACCUGCUCGCCGCUGUGAAGAACAAGGAGCAGCUGCCUGAGGCACUGCGCUUGUACGAGAACCUGAGAAAGAAGCGUGGUGAGGCCAUCGUCCGCGAGACAUUUGCUCAGAGAAAUGAUUUCCACAUGAUGGACGGAGAAGACCAGCAAGCACGCGACGAACUAUUUGCGGGUCAGCUCGGCAAGGCAGAGCCCGAGGUCAAGUUUCCCAGUCGUUGGACAUGCCCUGUGGUACAACCGUGGCUCUACGGCUACGACGCGAAGAAAGAGGUAGACGAUGCGUUGAGAGGGUCAUCUCUGGCGCAGUAGACCGUUGCUGGCUUUCGGCAGUGACGAAGGCUUACGAAGUUACGAUGCCAGGAGGUUCUUGCCCUCGCUCACCUACCCAUACGAUGUCAUAUCUAGUCAUAGUGGUUUCGGCAAUAUAGGCCAUGCUUUACCCCAGGUAAGCCCGACAUCAGGACAUUCGUGAGAGGAGCGGAGACACUGUCGGCGACAAUGGCAUGGACGUUGCUUUUCAAUUCGGUCCUGUUGGCGGGUAUAUUCAUGUCGAGCAUUUAGCCUGUUAUACAUCUCUGCAAAGAAGUUGGCCGAGAAAAAACCACGAGGUGCCGACUCGGUCCUUUUCUCCACGAAAUGCUCUCCGCGAUUGCACCGAGAGGGGGGAUGUCACUGCCAGAGACCCCAGGUCUUCGAGAAGCCGAC